CCGACUCGAAUGCUAGCGUGCUAGCCGCGCCGAUGUGCUGUGUCACAUGGUGGAUUUAUUUCACUGUGACUCGUUAUCGAUAAAGAUUCGAGACUUGUGUUUUAUAUGUUUAAUCCUAAAACUGUCCGAUUAACUUGACCCACCAUGUGACAGCCGGCUGGACGCAGGAAACAGGAAGCCGGCGAGCUAGCAUGCUAAUCUGAGUCUUAAAGAGGACCCCAAAGUGCACCCUGCUGUAUAUGAGUGUUUGAGGGGAAGUCCACUUAUAUAUCCCGCUAUAUACAAGAACAUCGCCUUUAAAACACGACCAGGCCUUUAAACGCUUCUUACUGGCCUUCAAUUCUCUGGUUAAACACUAACACACUUGACUGAGUGUCUAGUGUGAGUGCACUUUGCCCUUCGCCCUUCUCAGCUGUGGACUGCUGGAUCUUGUGAAACCUUAUCUAUCCCAUUCCUUCCUGCCUUGAUCUAAUAGUGCGGUUGAAGCCAUGGCUGAGAAUGCUGCAGAUUGCGAAUUUCCGCAGAGGCGACUCGGAUCCAAAGAGAGCCGUAAUGGGAAUUUUAAAGACGUGUCGGCCAGAGAAAGACGGCAGCAGGAGCGAGAAGAGCGUCUCUCUCUGGUGCUGUGGAGAAAGCCCUUCCAGACGCUGCAGUAUUCCUUCUUAGAGACACUCAUCACUUUGAAGGAGUGGACAUGGAAGCUGUGGUACAGAAGAUAUUCAGUGUUUUUGGUCCUAGUGCUUUUUUCAGUCUUCACAGUGGCCUACUCAAUAGAAGGAGCGCAUCAAACGUAUGUACAGUACAUGGAGACGAAGAUCCUGUGGUGUGCCUACUGGGUAGGCUUGGGAAUUUUGUCUUCAGUAGGCCUUGGCACUGGCCUUCACACUUUCCUUCUUUACCUGGGCCCACACAUAGCUUCUGUCACGCUGGCCGCGUACGAGUGCGGUUCUGUGAACUUCCCCGAGCCGCCAUACCCGACUCAGAUUAUGUGUCCAGAGGAGGAUGGUGUGCAAGACAGCGUGUCCCUCUGGACCAUUAUGUCUAAGGUCCGGCUGGAGGCCUGCAUGUGGGGAGCCGGUACUGCUAUUGGAGAACUUCCUCCGUAUUUCAUGGCACGAGCGGCCCGUCUUUCUGGGGCUGAACCGGAUGAUGAGGACUAUGAGGAAUUUGAAGAGAUGCUGGAACAAGCAGAGAGCGCACAGGACUUUGCAUCAAGAGCAAAACUUGCUGUACAAAACAUGGUUCAGAAAGUAGGCUUCUUCGGUAUCCUGGCCUGUGCCUCAAUCCCAAACCCUUUGUUUGACCUUGCUGGGAUUACAUGCGGCCAUUUUCUGAUCCCGUUUUGGACCUUUUUUGGAGCGACGCUAAUCGGAAAAGCGGUUAUCAAGAUGCACAUUCAGAAACUCUUUGUAAUCAUAACGUUCAGCAAGCACAUAGUGGAGCAGAUGGUCUCCCUGAUCGGGGCCAUACCCGGGUUCGGUGUUUCCUUACAGAAGCCUUUCCGUGAAUAUCUGGAAGUGCAGCGAGCUAAGCUUCAUCACCCAGCUGGGGAUGGAACACCUGCGGGUGAGAACUGGCUCUCCUGGGUCUUUGAGAAACUGGUACUCGUCAUGGUCUGCUACUUCAUUUUGUCCAUCAUAAAUUCCAUGGCACAGAGCUAUGCCAAGCGGCAGCAGCAGAAGAGGCACUCUGAAGAGAAAACCAAGUGAUAGACUCACAGUAAAUCAUCUCAGGCUCCCAUUUAUUUUAUUAUUUUUUGGGGGGGAUAUUUAACCUGGAGGGAAAAAAAAAAAAAAAAAAAAGAUGGAACGAGCACUAAUUUGACAUGUGCUUCUCUGUGUACCAUUAUGUUGUACCCCCUCCCCUCAACCAGUCCCCUCCCUCCCCUCCCCCCUGUUCUCAAUCCCCAAUUUGUCUGUAGCGUUUGCCUAUUAACAUCAGCUGUUAGAACUUGGUGGUUUUUUUAACCUCUACAGCGAUCCAGGAGAUUAACACAGACUGUGGACGGUAAAACCUUACGCAACAUCGCAGGGUCAUGCUUCCAUCGAACUGAAUCCAGUUCUGAUCACGUAGAAUUAUUUUUUUUCUUUAACAGUAUGCGUGGGGGUUCUUUUUUUUGGGUGAGACUGGUGAUGCAAUGAGUGUGUUUUCAGAGGCAGUUGUCUGUCUUUAUUUUCUGAAGGCAUUUUUCAGUUUCCUUUCCAAGGACAGCAAUACUGAACAGGAUUAAAAAAAAAAAAAAGAAAAAGCUGUAUGAUUUCUUAAAUGCCUGCACAUCGUGUAAAUAAUGUUUUAACAUAGUUUAUGGAAGUCAGAAUAGACUUUCUGCCAUAAUGUGACAAAACAUGUUAUUUAAAUCUGAUCAACAUAACUGACCUAACCUCAUGUACCAUCCAUAUAGGCAUUUAACUUGAACUGCCUCGAUUAUGGGGGUUUUUUGUUUUUCUGUCUUAAUAAAUUCUCUGUGAAGCUAAAA